GCAGGUCAGGUGACCACACGGGGAAUUUGUCCGAGUGUCUACCAGACACAGAUAUGUCUCACAUUAGUGAUCAAUAUCUCUUUCGAUUACACCGUGUACGACAACGCGUAUAGGUUGGGGUCAUAAUAUCGACUACAACCUUUAACAGCAGUUCUACCCUUGAUAGAGGAGCUUCUGGAGCGGCAUUGGCACCAUGUUACCCACAGUGACUGCUGUGGUUAGGUUUGCUCAGUAUAAUGCCACUAUUUCACCUACAUCACUGGAGAACAUAUCAGUAUUCCCAACUUGGCAACCCGAUCCUGAAGCUAACAUCAGCAAGCCUCACAAAUGUCUGCAAGUUCUGUAUGAGGACAUUGGAGAUUCCAGGGUGCGGUUCUGGGAUAUUUUUCUCCUGGUACCUAAUGUGGCUUUCCUGGUAUUCUUGAUGUGGAAGCUGCCCUCUGCCAGAGCCAAGAUUCGACUCACAUCCAGCCCCAUUUUUGUCACCUUCUACUUACUGGUCUUUGUUGUUGCAGCAGUUGGAAUCACGCGAGCUAUUGUUUCCAUGACUGUCAGUGCAUCCAGUGCUGCCACCAUUGUAGACAAAGUGCUGUGGGAAAUCACACGCUUCUUCUUACUAGCCAUUGAGCUCAGUGUCGUCAUCUUGGGACUGGCCUUUGGCCACCUAGAGAGCAAGUCGAGUAUAAAGCGUGUACUAGCUAUUACUGCUGUGCUGGCUCUGGCAUACUCUAUCACACAGGGGACACUAGAGAUACUAUAUCCAGACAGUCAUCUGUCGGCUGAGGAUUUCAACAUCUAUGGUCAUGGAGGACGGCACUUCUGGCUGGCAAGCUCAUCCUUCUUCUUCUUGGUGUACUCUUUGAUUGUGAUUCUGCCUAAAACUCCAGUGAGGGAGAGGAUAUCUCUGCCUUCCAAGAGGAGUUUCUAUGUGUACGCUGCCAUCCUGUCUUUACUGAACUUAAUUCAAGGCCUGGGGAGUGCUUUGCUGUGUGCUGGAAUCAUAGAGGGACUCUGCUGCGUGGAUAUCACCACCUUCCUGUACUUCUCUGCCUUUGCUCCACUUAUUUAUAUCACAUUUCUCAAGGGCUUCUUUGGUUCAGAGCCCAAGAUCCUGUUCUCCUACAAGUCACAGAUGGAUGAGCCCGAUGAAAGCGAUGUUCAUCUUCCCCCAACAGUCGCUGCAUCGCUUGGCCGCAAGGACCUCGGUGACCUGUACUACUCUUCCACCCAGAUUGAUGGCUCUGGUCCCGGGAGCUCUCGUAUGGUCGGCGCGUACCUGGAUGAUGUUGUUUCCGGACCCUAUGGGUCCAGCAGCAUCAACAGCGUUGAAGCUGACCGCUGGAGACCCGUCAAUGUGUGAAAGGAUGGACAGAAAAGAUAGCUAUACAGCUGGACUCAAUUUUUUUCAUGUGUGUAGUAAAGGGCUGGAUGGCAAUAAGAGAUGUUGGCCAAAAAAAACAUUGCAGAGCCAAGUGGGUGGAUACCAAGGGAGAGUAUUCUUGCUUUGAUUCCAGAAAAGCUAACAAAUGGACACUUAAGAAGAGAUGUUUGUUGAUCUCUUUCUGAAAGACUGAGUUUAGUGUCUGCUUUUGUAACACUGUUGCCAGAGUACACUGCUGCUGUAGCUCCAAAGUAGGAGUGCAGCUCCUUGAUGUGGCCUUGACAGUCUAUUGUUUCUGUUCCACAGGCUUCUAGAUGUGGGUGCUUACUGACUUGACUCAAAACAUAUUCUGUAACUUCAUCACUAUGAAUCAUCUGCUCAAUCAUUGUUGAUGGUGGGUUUUUUUUUGCUAUCCCAUUUUGAAAAACCUAAAUCUGCUCAUGCAGUCUAAAAUUCUUUUGAUUUAAAAUCUUAAACUCUGCACAUUCCUGAUGAAAGCUUUGACUAACAGCAUUUCCAACUGAAGCUGCCCUGUAAUUAGACUAUGGACUGAGCUGCGUAAUCCGUAUCCGCUAAUUGCUGGAAUUUGAAGACAAGGAUUCGAUUAUGAUUGGUUAAAUAAUGUAGUAGCUUUGCUCGCUGUUAACAUGAUCAAUGUACAUUACUGCGAUUAUACAACACAUUAGUAACUCCUGAUUACAGCCAUUGCAUUAAAAAGGUUGUGUACAAGGAAUGACCAAGAGACUGCAAAAAUGUAACUUUACGAAUCAAAGCUCACCCAUGAGUGCUACUUUAAAUUUGUUUAUGCUUUUAUUUAUUAUCUGCUUUUGGAUUGACUUGUUAUAGCAGAUAUAUCAUUCCUGGAUCUGAAAUGAACAUUUUGUUAGUUUCUUAUUCAGUGAGGUCUUAUGGAUUUGACCUGUAUUCCACUUAAAAAAGGCGUUCAUGUUAUAUGUAUUUCAUCUUUGUUUUAUCACUAAGAGGUUGAUUGUAUUUUUUUAUUUUUAUUUUUUUUCAAUUUUGGUUAUGCAAUUACAAGGAGUGAAAAGAGACCAGAAAUAAUAAUUGUCAGCUGUAAUAUAUUUAAAGAUGGUAUUGGUAUGAUAUUAAAAUAUAUUUAGAGCUUCUGAUUCCCUUUGGGUGAGGAAUGUUUAGGGAAUAAAUAUGAUCAUUUUGAAAUGGCAAGUGAAACUGGGUUUUUGCAAAGGAAAAUAUUCAGCUUUCUUUGUGCUUGACACUUUAACUUCUGAUUUAUCUCAUAAAAUCAAUACUUUCAUAACUCUGGGUAUUACUGCAACAUCAGUAUUUUCAAACACUUUAUAUCAUAUUUAUUCAUGCCUUCCCAGGCAAUAUAAUCCAAAUUCCCCCCCAAAAAAUUUAAAGAUUUGGUAUCAAUAUCCUGCUUUUUUUUUUCUCUGGAAUGUUGAUGGAUUUUGGCCUAAUGUAUGCAGAGAUAUUGGGUUCUAUUUACAUGUACAAUUAAUAGGCAAGAGCACAUUUGAAAUGGUUUUGCAUUAAUAUAUCGUCUUUCCUUGACUAUGAUGUUUUUCAUUAUGCAAUUUUGAAUGCUGAAGAAAGGUAGCUUGUGAGUUGGAUAGGAAAGUCACUUUACUGUUUUAUGACUCCAAAAGGUGUAUUGGUAUGGAAUUCAAUUCUUGUAAAAAUUUUUGAUGGUGAAAUCAUUUUGCAAAUGAUGUUUGAAUUGCCUUUAUACUAAAGUGCAUUGGUUGUAUAGUAAUGCAGUGCGUUGGCCAUUCCAUGAUCUACAUAAUAAACCAUGGACUCUUUUGUUCUUAUUUUAUUCUGGUUUAUUUAUCACAAGAAUAAAUAACAUGCAGGGGUUAGGACUG